UGAGUAAGCAAUUAGCUGACAGUGAUAAAAACUCUCUUCUGAGCAUCCAAACCAAAAACAAAAACAAUACUUUAAGAAGUCAAAUUAAUUUAAUACAAUUAUAAUUGAAAUAAGAAUUGUGAGCAAUGAUCUCCGAUUCGCAUAUUCAAGGUAUCUGGAGAAGAGAGACUUAAAAACUCCGUCUUGGUCAAUGGUCUACGCCCCAAUCAAAUUAAAACAACCUUCUCUUGCCUCUUAUCAUCAAAUCAUCUCCUUUAACCACCGUCAUUAAAACCCAGUUUCGGCCUCAAGAAACUCCUUCCUCUGUUUCUACGAUGGGGCUCAAAGUGCUUUCCGCUCUCGACACUGCCAAAACCCAAUUAUACCAUUUCAAAGCCAUCGUCAUCGCCGGGAUGGGCCUCUUCACCGACGCUUACGAUCUCUUCAGCAUCUCUCCCAUUAUGACCAUCCUCGGACGUGUCUACUAUCAGGACAAACAAUACGAGAUUCCCGCCACUGUCAAAUCCGCUAUGCUUGCGGUGGCCCUUCUGGGAACGGCGAUGGGUCAACUGGUGUUUGGCAUACUCGGAGAUAGAGUGGGACGGCGGAGAGUGUACGGACUGGCAUUGGCGCUGAUGGUGGCGAGUUCAAUUGGGUGUGGGUUUUCAAUCUGUACCACAAGAAGCUGUGUCCUUGUGAGCCUUGGAUUUUUCAGGUUCCUUCUAGGACUGGGAAUUGGCGGAGAUUACCCAUUGUCGGCGACCAUUAUGUCGGAGUUCGCCAACAAGAAAACGCGUGGAGCUUUCAUAGCGGCGGUGUUCUCGAUGCAGGGAUUUGGGAUUUUGGCCAGUGCCACGGUGACCAUGAUCGUGUGCUCCAUAUUCGAUCGAGCCUCGAAUUACCCAACAGGUAAACGUACGCCGAUGGGGGCUGAUAUUGCUUGGAGGCUGAUCCUCAUGCUGGGCGCUGUUCCGGCGGCCAUGACUUAUUACUGGCGAAUGAUGAUGCCGGAAACUGCCAGAUACACAGCUUUGGUGGAGCGGAAUGUGGCACAGGCAGCAAAGGAUAUGGAGAAAGUGUUGGAUGUUUCUUUGGCUGAUAUCACGGAAGAUAGCCCCAUGUCCCCUUCACCUCCAAAUUUCCAUUUCUUUUCUAACCAAUUUCUUCGUCGCCAUGGCCGAGACCUCUUUUCAUGUGCCGCCUCUUGGUUCCUGGUCGACGUUGUGUUCUACAGCAGCAAUCUCUUCCAGUCCAAAAUCUACACCCAAUUCCUUCCCCACGACCAAAAUUCCACCAAUAACGUUUAUCAUCAAGCCUUAAAUGAGGCCAGACUCCAAGCCAUCGUAGCUGUCUGUUCCACCAUUCCUGGCUACUGGAUCUCCGUCUUCUUCAUCGAUCGCCUUGGUCGAGUCACUAUCCAAAUCAUAGGUUUUCUGUUCAUGGCUAUUGGUUACGUUGUCAUCGCCAUCCCCUACAACUCUUUCUGGGAAUCUGAUAAACAUAAAUACGGUUUCAUGCUAUUUUAUUGCCUCACCUUCUUCUUCUCAAAUUUCGGCCCUAACACCACCACUUUUAUUCUCCCCGCGGAGCUGUUCCCGGCUAGAUUUAGGUCCACCUGCCAUGGAAUCUCUGGCGCCUCUGGAAAAAUUGGUGCCAUCAUUGGAGCCGUGGGGUUCCUUUGGGCCUCGCACGAUCGAGAGGACAACGGAAUUGGGAUGAAGGCUUCGUUGAUGUUGCUUGGUGGGGUGAGUUUAGCGGGAGUGGCAGUCACGUAUUUCUUCACUAGAGAGACCAAUGGAAGGUCGUUGGAAGAGAAUGAGAAUGAAGAUGAAUAUGUUGGGAUUUUCUUUCUUAGAUCAUGCUUUAACUUACACCGUACUACCGCUCAUGCUGCUACUGCUCAACGCGAUCAAAUGUCAUCACGUUCGACCUCCAACUCCAUUCCAAGUACUACACCAUUUCAUCGUUAGAUUCUAUACACAACUACCGAUGUGCGCGCGCCACCACGUACCACACAUACUAGUUCAGGGUUUACAUAUUAUUCCAUCAUUUAAUUUCCUUUUUUCUCACAAUAGAUAUGUAAUAUUAUUAGCCCUCCUUUUUAUCUUUAAUCCAUUAAUUACAUUUCAAAUCUAUGACUAUAGACUUGCGAGAUAGUGUUUAGAUGUAUAAAUUAGGACUUACAAACAAAAGUUUGAGAGCAUCAUUAUUUGAGAAAUAAUAAUUUGGUUAAAAAUGAA